GCACCUCCUCAACAAAUCUACAGUGUUGGACCUAGAAACGACGACAGCGACGCAGUAUCGAUCCGUGCCGGAGGAGGAAAGAGAUGAGCGACGGCGGAGAAGAUGCUGUUAGGAGGCGGAACGCCGUGGCUGACUACAGGAAGAAGCUCCUCCAGCACAAGGAACUCGAUUCCAGGCUCAGGACGCUGAGGGAGAAUUUGAGAGCCUCAAAGAAGGAGUUUAAUAAAACUGAGGAUGAUCUGAAGUCUCUCCAAAGUGUAGGGCAAAUUAUUGGAGAGGUGCUUAGGCCACUCGAUAAGGAGCGAUUUAUUGUAAAGGCAAGCAGCGGACCAAGAUAUGUCGUUGGUUGUCGCAGCAAAGUGGACAAAGAGAAGCUUACAUCGGGAACACGGGUGGUUCUAGACAUGACUACUCUAACGAUUAUGCGCGCACUUCCACGUGAGGUUGAUCCUGUUGUCUAUAACAUGCUCCAUGAAGAUCCUGGAAAUGUUAGUUACUCAGCUGUUGGUGGGCUGUCUGACCAGAUAAGGGAACUGAGAGAGUCAAUUGAACUGCCCCUUAUGAAUCCAGAACUCUUUCUCAGAGUAGGGAUUAAACCUCCAAAGGGAGUCCUCCUCUAUGGUCCACCCGGUACUGGAAAGACACUACUGGCCAGAGCAAUCGCUAGCAACAUAGAUGCAAACUUUCUGAAGAUCGUGUCAAGUGCUAUAAUUGACAAAUAUAUAGGUGAAAGUGCAAGGCUGAUAAGGGAGAUGUUUGGUUAUGCACGUGAACACCAACCUUGCAUUAUUUUCAUGGAUGAGAUUGAUGCCAUUGGGGGGCGUCGUUUUAGUGAGGGAACCAGUGCUGAUCGGGAGAUUCAACGGACAUUAAUGGAGCUUCUCAAUCAACUGGAUGGAUUUGAUCAAUUAGGAAAGGUUAAAAUGAUUAUGGCGACAAACCGACCGGAUGUUCUGGAUCCAGCUCUUCUUCGCCCUGGCCGGCUGGAUAGAAAAAUUGAGAUUCCUUUACCAAAUGAACAAUCGAGGAUGGAAAUCCUUAAAAUACAUGCUGCAGGUAUAGCAAAACAUGGUGACAUUGAUUACGAAGCGGUAGUAAAACUUGCCGAAGGUUUUAAUGGAGCAGAUCUUCGUAAUGUAUGCACAGAAGCUGGUAUGUCAGCAAUUCGUGCCGAACGCGACUAUGUUAUUCAUGAGGACUUUAUGAAGGCUGUGAGGAAGUUGAACGAAGCAAAGAAGCUAGAAUCAAGUGCUCAUUACAAUGCUGAUUUCGGCAAGGAUUAAGGCACUUUUACAAGAGACGAAAACUUGAUGGAACUUCGAUAAGCAACUUGCUUGGCUUCAUCCCGUUUCACGUAUGAAAUCUACUUCUUGCUUGCUUGAGAACCAAUUUGCUAAAAAAAAUUGAUCUUCAUCAUGAACUGAUUAAUGGUGCUUGCUCAUGGAUACCUUGUUCAUUCCUAUAUUUAUUCUAUUGUGGAUCUGGUUUGGUAAACUUUCUAUAUCGAUAUGAUGGUCGAUUUGAGUA